UAAAAUAGUUUGAGUGUACAUGAUACACGGUAACAUCUGGAUGGCUCCGCCCCAGACUCACAAUGUAACAUCACUUCCUGUGAUGCUAGGAGGCAAGUUAGGACAUCAGACAUUUUCGAAUGUGAUCUCAUUGACAAGCCACUUAUUGACCACUUGACCAACAGUGCAGCUGUUAAAACAAGGGCUAAUGUUGAAAACACUGGACGAGCCAAUAAAAGUUGAGCAUUUGUAACAGGAAGAUGCCCCGAGGUGGCCACUAAUAACAACAUCAGUGACAUAAGACCAACACACCAAUGACAUUUCUGCCAAUACCUUUCACAUCAGAGCAAGUUCACUUCCGAAACAUGCAUCCAAAUGUUUUUCCUAUUUCUAAAAAGCACACAGUUACCCAAGCCCACAGUGCAUGCAGAUUUCAGGGAGAAGUGAGAUUUUUGGCAAGGUGGAGAUGAUAUCCUUCUGGCUGAUUUUCCUAAAGCUCACGGUAUGUACUAGGACAUGUUGGUACCUCGAUCUUCCUUCCUCUGUCUUCAAUGCAAAUUGUUAUUGUCACUGAAUAAUUUAUGUAAUACAGAUUGUCAUGACACAAGAGCCGAGAUGGAGAGUGUGUGAGCCUGUGGACGUUUUCUCACCAGCGGAGAUGUUCUGCCAGCUAAAGGGGUUAGUGGGGAGGGUGUGUUGCCAUGGCAGUCAACACUUUACCGCCUGUCAUUUUCAUGAGGCUUUGUGCCUUUUGUCUAGUUUGAUUGGGGUGAAAUGGGCAGGCACUGAAGUGGAUGGUAAUUUCACAUAAUUCUGAUUUUAGUGGUUGCAUUAGCAUGCCGGUCAAGUUUUGAAUGAUUGUAGAGACUUUCCUCCAGUGGUCGAAUACAAAACAGACAUCAGGGAAUAACAAACUGGUGGAUGAAAGAAGUAUUUCAAGCCAAAGCAAUGUAAACAACUUGCCUAUUUGUGAAUUUCUAGCACUGUAGUAUGUACUAUUUACACAUUAUAUUGAUAUCAUGUGAUGUUAAGUGGAAGUGUGUAAUUGUGGUUUUGAUGUAUUGAACAAAUAGAUCUGAAUUUCUAAUCUAUGUGGCAGCUGGUUUCUUCUGUCAGAAAGAGUUUGAGCAUUUGAUCAUUUUUGCACUUGGCAGAUGGUAACAAUGAGAUCAGACAAAUCCAUGUAAACCAAUAGUGCUGGCAUGAAGAGAAAGAAAAAAGUGUGUCAUUUCUCAUACAUACAAAAUAUGCCUUACAGUAUAAAUGUGCAUGCAGAAGUAUGAAAAAAAUGCAGGUAAUGAUUAUUGUAAGCCCCAAAAUUAAAAGUAUGUCCUGGUCUAACCUAGAAGCAAUGCUGUUUAUCUGCCAGGACAAAAGUUUGGCAUGCAUGAUGAAGAGAGCCAGUUCUGCAGUCUUACAUAAUAGAUCUGUUUAGUUCUGCCCACUGUCUGCCGACUAUAACCCACUUUUUUUAAAUGAUUCAUUGCAAUAGCAAACAAUCACUUGUACUUUCCUCUAAAACACUGGAAUGAUCCCAUAAUCAUCUUGCACUAGCAACACCAAGAUCAUGGGAUAGAUUCUCUGUGAACACUCAAACUCAUAAAAUGUAUACCUUAAAUGCACCGUUAGGGUAAAAGUAUGCCAAAUACAAAUUGGCAUGUGAAGUGCUUACUAUUUGAAUUUUAUAUGCCUGCUUAUGCAAGUGAAAAAUAAUUCACACUGGAAAAUGCAUGUUAAACAGAGAUGUUAAAAGGUGUGAUCUGGCAGAGUCAGUUCAAAAGGGAGCUACGAUUGAGGUUGAGGAGGUGGAUAGGCUGGAAGAGAUUCCAGGUUACUCUAAGAAUCCAGAACAUAAAGAACUGGAGGCCCUAUUUGAGCCCGUAACCAUGGAGACCAGUGAACACUCUGGCACAGAAAACAUAAUUGACUGUGAAGUCCUGGAGACUGAGUUACCUGAGAACAAGGACACAAGCAGCAAAGACGAACAACUCUGCAACGAUGCUGACGUAUUAGACUGCAUAAGUACAAAAGUAAUGGUUGAAAUUCUAGCAGGCCUACCUCCCACAGAGACCAAGGAGGAUGAACUCGAAGACGUUCACGGUCCAAAAGAGGCACUUGUCUUGGAAGACACUCGAGAAGAACUUUAUCGCAACGAGUCAAUUACCUCUUCGAUCUCUGACACUCCGUCAAGUGCUGAGAGCGUAUAUGAGAAUGACGUUGUACAUAAGAGGCAAGAUUCGCAGAGGCAGGAACCAUUAGAGAACACUGUACCUCAAACAGAAGUCACUGAUGAUGGAGAUACAUUAGACCCUUUAGGUACAGACUCAGAAGAACCCAUCUUGGAAGGUUUUGAAUGUGAUGGUUCAGAAGAAACCAUCCUGGAGCAUUACAUCCGAGAGGACGUCCUGUCAGACGUCUCCACAGAGUCCUGUCACGACCCAGAAGAUCUGGAUGAAUGUCUUCAUGUUGAAAUUGCUGCGGUGUCAUCUGACAGUGACACUGAUGAGAAGUGGAGGAACAUCUUCUCUUCCUCGAUUAAUAGGGAAGAUGAUGAUUCCUACAUUGACAGCCUUGAGCUGAGCGCACAGGAACUCUUUAUUCAAAAACCUGAAGUUCAAAAUACUUUUGAAGAUUUAAAGGGAACCGAAGAGCCUGAGCCCCCUGUUGGAGAAGUGCUAGAACAACCAGAGACUGGGCCAACUCUGCAACCGCAAGAGAUAUCUUACAAUUCUUCCACACUGUUCCAUGGCUUGUCCAAGAUUUCUGAAGAUGAUGAGGAGCUUGGACGAGUCUCAGCAACCCACAAAUGCAAUUCAUUUGAUUCUGUCAAAUCUGAUUCCAGCAAAAAGGUGCCGAAAGAUUAUUGUGUGAUCCAGGAAAUGAAGAGUGAGAAUGUCAGUACAGAACAUGUGGAUUUCAAACUUGCUCGCCAACAGUGGCUAGAGAUAGAAGAGCAAACGAAAAACUUGAUCCCCCACCCGAACACACCAACAGCAAGAUCUGGGACCUGCCAAGGCAGUCACAGUUUCAUGUACACACCUGUCCGUAACAUUGACAGGCCAAAGAGGGACCUUGAAAGUUUAACACUUGUAGAGGACUAUGCGCACACCCAGUUUAGCCCUUGUUCUGAGGAUUCUGGUCUUGAUGACUCCAGUUACAGAUCACAAUGUGACGACCCAGAGACCCCAAUUGAGAAGGAGAUUCGACAAACAGUGGAACGUGAGGAAAACCUGAGACGCGAGAGGGGGAUGACAAAAUUGUACUCUAGUGACUGUGUACAGAUGAAGACCAGAUCCAUCAAUUUAAACCAAGGGAAACUAUGCCAGGACGUCAAUGAGAAACAGAUGUUUGAACACCAGGAUGACAAUGGAAGGAUACCCAAAUCUCCCAGCAACAUGACACCUUCUUUCAUCAUUACAUCCUCACCAACCAAGGGCUCUCAACAACAAGACUUGUCAGCCAACAGCAUUAUCAUCCUCGAACCAGAACCCUUCCCUCAAAGUCCACGGCAUGGUAAGAUGUUGUCCUCCAAGUCUGCUGACUGGAGAUCAGAAGAUGCCCCUAAUCUCAUCAUUCUGGAGACAUCGAACCUUAUCAUUCGCAGUGCAUCAGAGUUCAACCUGAAUUCUGUCUCAGAGGAAACCCAAGAUAAAAUGUUCCUCAACAACCCAUUUUUUAAGCUGAAGUCCAGGAGUACAAUAUCUCUCGUCGAUGAGGAGAUAAAAAUGGUAAAGCAGCGAGAAGAGGAACUAAAACGGCAAAGAGCCAGUAUUUACUCAAAGGAUAAUUUCCUGAUAUUUCCAAAUUGCCUGGACGGCUCACUGUUUAACCAUUCAGAUGAUCUGCCAAUUAAAUGUAAAUCAUCCCCUUCAUCUCCAAUGAAAACAUGCAGAAUGGAUCGGUCAGCUCUGUCAUGUGAUCAUCGAUUUCCUGAGCCCUAUUCUGGAGGCCGACGCAAAAGUGCCAUGGCUGUGCGUUGGGAGGCAGGGGAGUUUGCGAACAGUGAGUGAAAAACAGAAAUUACAUUAAUCGUUAAUCUGCAGCCAUUCUUCGUAAAAGAAUUAUCAAUGCUCAAACUCAUGUUUGUCUAUUGUGACAGCGUAAACACUUGCUACUGCUGCUUGUGUAACUUUGUUAUUUAUCCAGAAAAAAAGAAAUGUGUAAGCCAAGAUGCCUGAAUGUUAUUUGAAUGUACCGUUUAAUCCAUUUUUGUGAUUCUUCUUUAAUGAGGUACUUAUAAACCAUAUUUUUAGUGUUUUGUCUACAAAGGCAAGGAGAAUAUGUACUGUAUAUUCAUAAUGUAUUUUCUUGUAAGGCAAUGUUUGUAUAUCUCUGAAAUAUAUAUAUAUAAUAAUAUGAAACAGCAUUACAGUGUUUUAGGAUAACAACGAAGUGAAAAUGUAUACAAAAUGGAUGUAUUUUGUUAAAUAUCACAAAAAACAAUCUAUUUAGUCAAGGAACAUAAUUGAAAGUUUUCUUUAAAGAAUUAUUCUUUAUGUGGCCAUGAUUGCAAAUGUCUAAAUGGAGGGCACUUUCUGAAAGUCCAGUUCUUAAUUCAACAAUUAUGAUCAUCUAAUAUUUCAUAACUUGUUACUUAUAACCUGUUGCUUUGCAAUUUGUUGUCCUCAAAAAAGAAUGUACAUUUAUGUCAAACGCCAUGCUUAUAAAAGUAUUGCUUGAUAACCUUUGCAUCCAUGUGCGUCAGUCUCAAGACAAUAUUUGCUUUUCCUACCAUUUGAAAAAAAAUAUGUUAAAAAGAGAAAUGCAGAAAUAAAUGUCAAUUAAAAAGGCAAAAAGAGAAACAG